AAGAGCGAGGAGUUUGAAAUCCAUGGCAUUGGAUGGCCACGUGGAUGCUAGCGUACGAACGCUACCGUACAAUUCAAGAUCCGGGGAUUUGCUUUUGCCCGCACUGUGCUCUCAAAAAAUCGAGUUCGUGUCGCUGCUGUUGCCGCCGUCCAGGUGCAUUUUUGCUGUUUCAAGUAGAAAGUCUUGAUGUUCUCAAAGAGCUUCUGCGAAAUUUCUCGUCACAGUGAGGAUGUUUCGGACAUUAACGUUAGCAUAGCUUCUUCUGGACUCAGGCUGGAAGAAAGCGGCUGGCUGGUGGACAGGACGUGGAUUUCGAAACCUUGCAUCGCGCUUCAACCGUUGCAGGUUUUACCGCACAUUUAGAAGUCGUGGACACGUGUGACCGCAAGCACUGCCCGGCUGUUUUGCACCGGCGGCGAGGAGAGGGGCACCAUGAUCCAGGCCGGUGUUGUGUGCCUCCUCGGUGUGCUGCUACUCUCAGCUGCUGCUGGUCUCGGUGCGGCCCGACCGGACCAGUGCAAAUCUGGACAAGUGAAGUGUCCGGACAAGUCCAAUUGUGUGGUUCUGGUCGAUGGCUUCACGGGCCGCUGUUAUUGUCCGGGGAAUGUGAACGUUACCGCAGCUAACAACUGUGAUGAGAUCCCUGUUGUGAAGGGUUCUCCGUUUUUUGAAGCGCUACCUGUCACCGCUGGUGAGACUCUUCGACUGAGUUGUUCAUUUGACACAACACUUCGAUAUCCAGUGCAGUGGAUUAAUGUUGCCAGCAACAACACGAUCAAGGGAGGAGGAACUUCACAGCGCACAGUGGCAGCAAAUGGUCUAGUGCGCAGUGAAAUUAGUUUCAUUCCCAAAAAGAGCAUGCUUGUGGCAUGCAAAUGCCGUAACUCUCGUGGAUCCGCUAAGGCCUUCCGAGGUAUUGUUGUGAAGCCAAAACCUUUGCACGGGCCGGCCGUGGCCACGUCUUCUUACCUCGUCACACACGUGCCACACGGCAAGAGCGCGAACCUCUCUUGCGCCUUCACUGGGCUUCAGACGAGCGGCGACGUUCAAUGGCUGCGCAACGGGAGUGACGCGAACGUCCUGGCGGACAGUACGAUGACUAGCACACGUCACGUGUCGGGCAACAUUACGUACGCCUACAUGUCGUUCUUGCCUGAAAACGACACCUGGGUGACUUGCGUUGCGAGAAACUCUUUCGGCGUAGCCAGGGGACACCGUGCGGUCAUCGUUGGAAACGACCUUCUUGGUUCCGGAGGAGCCCGUAAUGGGGCUGGUGGCAACAACGACGGUGGUGGCAACACCGGUGGUGCAUCGUCUGCAACGGUCGGCGGGCUAGCAGCGGCCGUGGCUCUGGUUGUAGUCGCAGCCGUCCUAGCCUUCGUCUUCCAGAAGAUGGGAGACAACGGACGGAGAAUCUACGCCAACAAAGUCACGCAGCAAGCCAAGGAACUGCGCCAAACGGUGAAGAGAUCAGUGAGCCAUACAUUGCCCAAAAAGAUGACUCCACCUCGCACAUUCGACAUUGAACCCGGUGUCCUUGCAACCUCAAUGGUGCCCAGCGGAAGCAUCAUACCAGAGAUCCAAGACGGCCAGGGUGAUGACCAAUACUGUAUGUAUGGGACUACGGAGGGAUCGACAGAUCAUAGCAACCCUGGCCAUGAACACAUAUACCUGCGCCGGCUGUCAGCCAGCGUAGAUCUCGUUGCUGGCACCAGCACAGAGGGCGAUGCGUCCGACUACCAAUACAUUGGUGCCGGUGCGCUGCGGCUGAACGACUCGACCACCGACAUCCACGCGGCGAUUUCCGCCGACGUCGCCGAGAUUGGUCAUGGCUACGACACCGCUCAUGAAGGUCACGGUGACCAGCACAUUUACGACUACACGCUAGCAACAACUGUGGCUGCAGCUACUGGCAAUGACGAAUUGAACUACAGUCUUGCAGCGGCGGGUGACGCCGGCAAGGAUGGUUCCGUUGGCUACGAAAGGGCUGACUCGGCCACGCGGUCAGCGAAUCACUAUAGCUUGACCGCAGGCCCGUCGUCCUAUGAUCCCGAUCGACCAGCGGACGACGUCCUGAACUCGCCCCGCGGCAGUAUCUGCAGCGUUUUGCCUCUGGAUGGACCGUAUGAUGAGCAGCCCGAAGGAUGCGACGGCCCUGCUCUGCUCUUCGUCACCAGUGCUUCAGCAGCAUGCGCAGACUCUGCUGUUGACGGAGCUCACAGCGAUGGACUCGACGGAGCUUACAACGAGGGACUCGGCGAGGCUUACAAUGAUGGACUAGAAGGGGCUUACAACAAGGGACUCGGAGCGGCAUACGAUGAUGGACUCCAUGAGGCUUACAAUGAUGGAUUCGACGAAAUCCAGAACGACGGACGGAUAGAGAUCUCUCGUCGUGACACAGCUGGUGACGUUGCACCAGUGGAUGAUGUUUCUAAUUAUGGCGACGGCGACCUGAGCAUCGGUGGCGGCAUAGCUCACGUGGAUAGCAUCGCCGACUGUGAAGACAUGGUGCUGCAUGUGCGUAAGCAACGGGGCAGCAUUGUGAGCUCACCGACCAUAGACGACGCUCUGGAGUCUCUCUUCGGAGAGCUGCAACAAGAGGAUAUGCGACAAGAGGAGGAUAUGUACGCGGUGCCAAAGCGUUGAUGACGCGUCGGUAGCGUCAGCUAUGCGUAACCCUCGGCUGCACGCCAUCAACACACUUAUCCAGUCGGUAACACCAUGCCGGUAGCACAUUGAUACGCCGGGCUCAGCUACUACCAAGGUAACAACAUGCAUCCUCACGCAUGCCGCUCGCGGGGCUUCACAAUUCCAGGGUGAGAUCGGAAGCCAGCUAGCCGCGCCUGUACCUAUAGCGUUUCUGCCUGCGUCACACGUCCAUUGCCCUAAUGCUUACUGGUGAGCGUUGAGCGGUGUCUUGUGAUGUGUGUCCCGAGUUAGUUUCCUGCACGGACUGCGACGCAGCUGUAUGCUGCCGGCGUGCCGCUUUCGUCGUCAUUGCCGAUUCCUUUCCUGCUGCCUGCCGCGCUUCCUCUUCCUUGCCGUCUCGUGUCUUUGCUUCGUUGCAGUGAGAAAAGACCGGAGCGUCCAAGAUGAGUCCUUCCAUCAGAAGCCCCAAUGCAUCUCGAUGGCCCCGGUGUCUGAUAAGAGUCAUCAAUUAUUUAUCAUUGCCUUUCAGAUCCGUACAACUCUUUGACAAGCUCUCCAGCUAAGCUAAGCUGGCAUUAUUUAAAUUUUACACAACUUGCAGCCUACAACAUGAACAGCUACUCUCGCCUCUCCCAGUUUUUUGGUUUUUGUUUUGCUUGCAUCCAGGAUCAAAUCUUUCCUCGUGCUCGAGCCUUGCCUUGUUAUGUACAUGGUUUGAAUCGUCAUGGCAUGCUUUUACCCUGGACGAAUAUGAAUAGUAAUUACAAUAAUGGACUCGGAUUACAAUGAUUACAAUAAUGGCCGAGUUUUGCGAUCCAUGUUGC